CGCUCUGCGCCGCGGGGGGCGCGGAUUGGCGGCCGCCUCACGGGGUGUCCCGCCCCGCGGGGCCGUGCGACGCAGGCGCGCCGGGGGCGGUGGCUGCGGCGGUGGCGGCUGAGCGGCGCCGGAGCGGGGCCGGGCGGCCCAUGGGGCCGGGCCGCGCUGCCGAUGGAGCCGCCGCGCAGCUGUGGCGAUGGCGCGGAGGACGAGAAGAAACCGCGGCGGCGGGGCGGCGGUGCGGACGCCGGGCCCUCCCAGCUGCGGCGGCGGAGCAGCGGCGGCGCGGCGGGCGCGGACAGCGCGGCGGGUCCGCAGCCCCGCGAACGCGGCGGGUCCGUGAGCCGGCAGCGGCGGGACUCGGUCCGCAAGAACCGCCCGCUCUUUCCCUGGUUUGGCUUGGACAUCGGAGGGACCUUGGUCAAACUGGUUUAUUUUGAACCCAAGGACAUCACGGCCGAAGAGGAAGAGGAAGAAGUGGAAAACCUCAAAAGCAUCCGCAAAUACCUGACAUCAAACGUAGCCUAUGGCUCCACAGGCAUUCGGGAUGUGCACCUUGAGCUCAAGGACCUUACCCUGUGUGGACGUAAAGGCAAUCUGCACUUUAUACGCUUUCCUACUCAUGACAUGCCUGCUUUUAUCCAAAUGGGAAGCGAAAAGCACUUCUCGAGCCUCCAUACUACCUUAUGUGCCACGGGAGGUGGAGCGUACAAAUUUGAGCAGGACUUUCGCACAAUGGGUGACCUUGAGCUUUGUAAGCUCGAUGAGCUGGAUUGCCUUGUUAAAGGAGUGCUGUACAUCGACUCCGUGGGCUUCAAUGGACACUCGGAGUGUUACUACUUUGAGAACCCCACGGAUGCUGAGAGGUGCCAGAAGCUCCCGUUCAACCUGGAGAAUCCCUAUCCUCUCCUCCUGGUGAACAUUGGCUCAGGGGUCAGCAUUUUGGCUGUCUAUUCCAAAGACAACUAUAAACGGGUAACAGGCACCAGCCUUGGAGGGGGAACCUUCUUUGGUCUCUGCUGCCUUCUGACGGGCUGCUCCACGUUCGAGGAGGCCCUGGAGAUGGCAUCCCACGGGGACAGCACCAAGGUGGACAAACUGGUGAGGGACAUCUACGGAGGAGACUACGAGCGCUUCGGGCUGCCAGGCUGGGCUGUGGCAUCCAGCUUUGGAAACAUGAUGAGCAAGGAGAAGAGGGAAUCUGUCAGCAAGGAGGACCUGGCCAGAGCCACUUUAAUCACCAUCACCAACAACAUCGGCUCCAUAGCGCGGAUGUGUGCCCUUAACGAGAACAUCAACCGUGUGGUGUUCGUGGGCAACUUCCUUCGGAUCAACACCAUCUCCAUGAGGCUCCUGGCCUACGCCCUGGACUACUGGUCAAAGGGACAGUUAAAAGCACUUUUCUUGGAACAUGAGGGUUACUUCGGCGCAGUCGGUGCUCUCCUGGGACUCCUGGACUCAGCCUGACUCCAUGCAGGAUCUGUGCUGGACCUAUGGAUUCAGGGCACUCCCUGGGCCACUGAGCCCGUGGUUUGGGGGUCACUGAGCCCGUGUUUUGUGUCACAGCCCCCACUGAGACUGUUCCACUGUGGGGACAGUGUGGGGAUGGGUGUCUGGAAGAGCUGAAAUCCAUCUGGGAUUACAGCACAGGUUUGUUCCAAAGGAUGUGAUUGGAAUACACUGGCUGGACAUGGGGGUGUAUGGGAAGGUCAGUGGGGCAUUUCAGUCACAUGGAAUUGCCCUUUUUAGAGCAAUUUUUUUUAGUUUUACUCCAUGUUUAAUGAUGGUGACAAAGCAGGGCAGGGGCGCUCUGCUCCUUCCACUGGGUUCCCUUGGAGUGCCAAGUGCCCAGGUCAGUUCUGUGUUCACAAUCAGAGGUUCUCCAUGUGCUGGAAAAUGGUCUGGGAAAGGGGAAGAGCAUCAGCACAGCCCAGUGUGUGUAACUAACUCCAUAUGGCCCGCUGGAUCCACACUGGGACACAGCUGUGCUGUCAGCCAGGCUUUAUUUAUCCCUGUUCCACGUCCUUGUCUCUGUCCUAGGGAUGGAAGGUACAGCACAGCACGGGUCUGUGCCUCAGGGUCAGUCUGAUUUUGGCCUCCAGCUCUCCUGCACAGUCCCAGCACCCUUUGGGAUGAUGUCAGGGGUGUCAGUCAGCCUCCAGCCUUGAGAUCUAAAUUUGAGGAUGGAAUAGGGAUACUUGUCAUUUGUUUAUCUGGGGUUUUCUCUCUGUUACCAAACUCCACCAAAGAGACACUUCCUUCAGUCACACUUGGAUCUCUGUAAUCCAUGUUACAUUUUUAAUGGCUACGCUCCUGUUGUUUUGGGGGAAUUCUCCCCCUUCCAUGCAUGCUGUGCUCUCUCUUUUCCCUGUGCAUGCUGCCACACAGCCUGAGAGCAGGAUACUGCACUGUGGAGCCCCUGUGGAAGUUGCACCCUGGGGAUGGGGGGGUUGGACUGGAUCCUGCACGCUCAAUAAAUGCUCUCGAAAAGCAACGAGGUAUCUGCACCUUCCCUCGGGAUGUGAGCUCAUGGAGACACAGCUUUGGAAGUGCUCUGGCUUCCCAGCAAGGAGCUCCAUGGAGCACAGGGAAAGCUCUUCAGAUCCUUCAGAUCAGGUCAUGGUGUCAGGGUUUAUCCCAGGCUAUCAGAAUGACCAUCACCCUGACCCCAACACACCCUUCCAGUCCUGGUUUCUUCCCAGAGAAAGCAGUUUCCAGCUCUGAUCCCCUUGUGAGCCUGGCUGGAAGUGCUGGGCAGCUCCGAGCCCUUCCCUGCUGUGUGAAUCCUGCCCAGCUCUUCCCCUUGCUGUAUCCUGAGAUGUGAGCACUCCGAGGUGGGUUCCUUGUGUGGCACCUCCCUCUGAAAAGGGAGGAAACUACAGAUUCAGAGGGUGAUUGCUGUUUGUCUCUAAACUCAGCUGACUGUGAGCUGGGAUUGUGGACACAGCCAGGGAUUUGAUCACAGUAAAAUCAGGGAAAAGAACACAGGGCCCCUGGGGAAGGUGAUCUGUGCUGGCUGGGGAGGAAAACGUUUGUUUUUCCUGCAGCCUUACACAAGUUGCAGUUGUGUCCUGCUCUGUGUUCCACAAGGUGGUACUGGAUGGCUGAGGGCUGGAGCAGGAUCAUACAGCUCAGGGAAUGGUUUGGGUUGGAAGGGACCUCAAAGCCCCUCUCAUUCCACCCCUGCCAUGGGCAGGGACACCUCCCAUUAGCCCAGGGUGCUCCAAGCCCUGUCCAGCCUGGCCUUGGACACUUGCAGGAAUCCAGGGGCAGCCACAGCUUCCCUGGGCACCCUGUUUGGGAUCAGCUGAAUUCAAGUUCUCAUUGAUUCUUCACUCCUUGUGAAAUCACACAAAGGUUCCCAAACUCUCCAUUAGAAACAUCUCCAUUUCCAGAGUGCUGACUGAAGGGUUUUGGGACUCAGCUCCUUCUGUCCCACCUGAAAUUUAACACACAUGCACCUGGCUGAGCCAAAACUCAUGAAAAAGGCACAGAAACUUUGGCUUUUUGGAAUAUCUCUGUGCCUGGGACCUGUGUGGCUCCUUGAUGUAACAGGUCAGCGAUAGGCUGGGCUGGGGAGGGUGUGGGAAUCCUUGAGAUCCAGAGGAAAAAGCCUGGCUUUUAUUAAACAGGGCAGCCUUGGGAGCAGAAGCCACCUUGCCAUGGUGGAGAGUGGGAAAUCUCUGCAGGGCAGGGAAUUCCCAGCAGCAAUCCCAGAGCCUGACCCACCGCAGUCCCUGCCCUGAGGCACUGGUGUCCCUUGGCUCAGCAUCCUGCAAGAUUUUCCACCUCACUCCGUAUUGAGUGUGUGUAACUCCUUCUUCUCUGGAUUUUGGAAUAGAUCCAGCACGAUCUGAUCCCAGCACCAAAGUUCCUGGCUUAUUGUCUAUUCCUUUUUUUUUUUUGUAAACUGCUUGAUUUUUUUCUUCUUGUAUAAAAUAUUACAGUUAUUUUUUAUAUGCUUCAA